GAUACACUCUCUUCGCGUCCACCAUUACUACUUCACUGCUCACAACUGAUGCCUGCGGCGAUCUACACGCCUUAAAAAAGAGCAGAACAAUACCAUCUUUAGAUUUAAACGCCAAUCCACACCCAUCAUGGAUGUUGAGCUGUACGUCUAUGACCUUUCCAAGGGUCUCGCGCGAUUGUAUUCCAUGCCCUUGACGGGCACCCAAAUCGAUGCCAUCUACCACACCUCUCUGGUUCUAAAUGGGGUCGAGUACUACUAUGGCCAGGGCAUCCAGACGGCUGUGCCCGGUAGCACACACCAUGGCCAGCCGAUGGAGAAGCUGCAUUUGGGCCAAACGGAGCUCCCCUUGGAUGUGAUCGAAGAAUACAUCCAGUCCGUGGUGGAAAUUUACACGCCCGAGUCCUACGAUCUCUUCCUGCAUAACUGCAACAACUUCACUCAAGACCUGGCCAUGUUUCUUCUCGGAAAGGGCAUUCCGGAACACAUCCGAAACCUCCCGCAGACCUUCCUGAGCACGCCCUUUGGUCAGAUGAUGAAGCCACAGAUCGAAAUGGCCCUGCGUGGUGUCACCCAAGGCACUGGCACAGACGGUGCUCAAGCGCCCGCUACCAGAGCACCAGCAGCGCCGGCAGCGCCGGCCCAACCCUCGCCCGUUACCCAGGGCGUGGUCCGAAUGGCAAGCAGCCUGGCCCAGCUGGAGCAGCAUCUCACCGCCGCCUCCCACUCAUGCGCUGUCAUCUUCUUUACCUCCGCCACCUGUCCGCCCUGCAGAAUGGUCUAUCCCACGUACGACGAACUGGCCGAAGAGGCCGGGGACCGCGCCAUCCUGAUCAAAGUCGACAUCAGCAGCGCGCUGGACGUCAGCACGAAAUACCGCGUGCGCGCCACGCCCACCUUCAUGACCUUCCUCAAGGGCCAGAAGGUCGACGAGUGGGCCGGCGCCAACCCAGCGCAGCUGCGCGGCAACGUGCGCCUGCUGCUGGAGAUGGCGCACCCGACGCACCGUCACCGCCAGCUCCAUCUCCCCAGCUUUCAGCGUCACCUCACCAACUACGUCACCUACAAGAAGAUCCCUUCACUCGAUAAGCUGCGGCAGAAGCUCCACCCCCACACCACCGACACCACCCUGACAGCCAUCAUCGACUUCAUCCAACGCCGCUUCAGCAGCCCUGAACCUGCCGCCGACGUCGCCCUGCCAUCCUCCCUCCCAACCUUCGGCCCCUACCUCCAAACGACACUACGCACUCUCGCCCCGGAGCACCAAUUCGCACUCGUCGACCUCGCGCGCCUCCUCUUCCUCGACCCCCGCGUAUCGGGCUACUUCGCCGCCGAAGACCCGCACCACGACCUCCUGCGCACCCUGCUGGCCUCUGCAACCGCCUCCCCAUCAACCACCCCCUACCCGCUACGCAUCACCCUCCUCCAACUCGCCUGCAACCUAUUCACGACCCCGCUCUACCCAGACCACUUCUCAGGGUCCAACAACAACCAGAACCUUGCCCUCCUCCAAGACCUCCUCCACCUGACGACAGCCUCACUCCUAGACCCGCACACCAAUCUCCGUAUCGUCGCCGCCUCCUUCGCCUACAAUCUCGCCGCGCACAACCACAACGCCCGCUUCGCCAGCCGGCCGGAUCCCCUCACGGACGAAAUGCAGGUCGAGCUCGUCGCGUCGCUGGUCGAGGCCAUCGGGCAGGAGACGCAGAGCCGCGAGGCGUUGCACGGGGCGCUGUUCGCGUUGGGGCUGCUCGUGUACGAGGCGCCGGAGGAGGGGACGGUCGUGGACCUGUGCAAGGCGAUGGGGGUCGCGGAGAUGGUGGUGGGGAAGAGGAACAUCCCCGAGUUGAAGGGCGAGGAGACGUUGAUCCGGGAGGUAGGGGAGGUGUUGCUCGGACGGGGGUAGGUUUUGUUUCUACGUUGUAGUAUGAUUCUGUGGUGGAGUACAGGGUC